CACAGGGUUCUGUCAGAGUAGCCGGUGUUGACGGCUCGGGCACGUCAUUUCCCCAAAACCAAGCAGCAUUUCCCUGCAUUGGGCCCCAGUUGCCUGACUCCCAGACAGGUUGAUAUGCCCUGGUUGCUAUGGCAGCAGGAGGUGGCAUUACCCGGGCUAUCCGGAUCCCUGGCAGGCACGGCUAUGCAGUGGAGUUCUCUCCGUACAUCCCAUCUCGCUUGGCAUGUGCAGCCUCACAGAACUAUGGCAUCUCAGGUUGUGGAACUCUGAUUGUUUUAGAACAAAAUGACGCUGGACUUGUUAUUAUUAAAAGCUUUGAUUGGACUGAUGCUUUGUAUGAUGUGACAUGGAGUGAAGUGAGUGAAAAUAUCCUGGUAACGUCAAGUGGAGAUGGAAGUCUUCAAUUAUGGGACACUUCAAAGCCCCAGGGUCCACUGCAGAUCUUUAAAGAACACACACAAGAGGUCUACACAGUUGAUUGGAGUCAGACGCGAGGAGAGCAGUUGUUGGUAUCUGGCUCCUGGGAUCAUACUGCUAAGCUGUGGGAUCCCUCUGUUGCAAAGGCUCUGUGCACUUUCACUGGUCAUGAAAACAUCAUCUACAGUACAAUAUGGUCUCCACAUAUACCUGGCUGCUUUGCUUCUGCCUCAGGUGACCAGACAUUGAGGAUAUGGGAUGUCAAAUCGCCUGUGUCCAAAAUAGUUAUACCAGCCCACCAAGCAGAGGUUCUAACAUGUGAUUGGUGCAAAUAUGACCAGAACUUACUUGUGACUGGAGCAGUUGACUGCAGUUUGAGGGGUUGGGACUUGCGCGCUGUACGUCAGCCAGUCUUUGACCUCCAUGAUCAUACCUAUGCUAUUCGACGGGUGAAGUUUUCACCAUUUCACGCAAGCAUCUUGGCGUCAUGCUCCUAUGACUUUACUGUGAGAUUGUGGGAUUUCUCCAAGCCUUCUGUGCUGCUUGACAAGAUAGAACACCAUACGGAGUUUACUUGUGGCCUUGAUUUUAGCAUUCUUCUACCUGGCCAGGUGGCAGACUGCUCAUGGGAUGAGACUGUGAAAAUAUAUUCCCCUUCUUGUCUUUCACUACCUCCAUCCUAGCCAUCUUCCCGAUUCAUCAGUACAAAGGAGAAAAUGGGAAAUGUCUUUGCAGUUAAAUAAAAAUCAUUAUUACGUUCUGACCUUUUUUGACAUCACUGAUUUGUUUAAAUUUGAUUAUUGAUGAUGGGAAAAAAAAUAACAGUAUAGACAGAACAGAAUGCAAUAAAAAAAAAUGACAUCAAAUUCAUACAAACUGUAUAUGAUGUAGAUCAGUGUUCAGUCCUGUAAAAUAAACACAAAUGCAUGUGCAACUGUGGGAAUGAACUUAAAAGACACGUGUACUCAUGCUGUGAAUUCAUUUUAUUCAUAUAGUGCACAAGCAUAGAUAGUUAUUUUAAAAUUAUACUGCCUCUCUUAAAAACAUUGCAUAUACUAAGAGGAGAAAAUGACAAAAGAUGUUUAUGAAUACAGUGUUUGUGUAAAAAAAAAAUCUUUUUAGAUGCUUUUAUAUACCUUGCAAGUGUCCAUCUUUGGCGACUAAAUCACUCUGGUCCCCAUUUCUAUGCUAGUGCCUUUGGUUUAGUAAGCAGAGGGGAUGGGGGAGACUAAUCCACUGCCAGUAAACCAGGUGGGGAUGAGAUCCCCCCAGUCACGAUGAUGCAGCUUUUUAAAAUCAAAUAUUUAUUUUACUGUUAUAGAAAGAUGAGGAUAAUAAAAUAUAUUUUAAAGGAGUUAACAGAAGUUGUAAAACAAUUGCAUUUCAACAAAAACAAAUACAAAAUAUCAUAUCAUAUACACAAAUCUGAAAUUUACAUUUUUUUGUUGUUGCAUAUUUCUAUAAAUUAAAAGGUAAGAUUGGGUAGCUUAUUUAGGACGAUUUCCUCCCUUUCUGCUAGUAGCCUCCACAGUGAUGGUGUAUCAUAUUGCAUUGACACAUGCCAUGUAGCCAUGGAUUACCUUAGUACAGAUUUCUUAUGCAUUUUCCCAAUUUUCUUUAGUUCCUACGAUGGAGCUAAUCAUGUAGGAUGUGGAUGACUGUAUGAAGAUGCAGCAGCAAUAAUAGCAAGAACUUUUGUUCAAGCUACAGCAAAUGUGGUUUUGCAUAUAAAUAACGGUGCCAUCUCCAAGCAUGAUCUAUUUAGUCAUAGUUUACCACUGUGUCUGUAUGUUUUGUGUAAAGAUCUUAAGAUAGGCUUUAAAAUCACAACAAAAUAGGGCAUAUUUGCAACUUUUUGUUCUUACAUUUCUGACUAUCAUUUAUCAUUUGAAUAUAUAAAAUAUACAGUAUAGAUAAUGGUAAAUACAACAUGGCAGAAAACUGUAAUGUAAGAAACUAUUUUUUAUAUAAUCUGCUAUAAAUGAACUAAUUAAUAAUUAUGGAAUUUUCCUAUUCUGCCAUAGUUUUCACACAGGGACUUUUCUGGCAGCAACCUUUUCAUACAUAUGCACAGACUCUAAUUGUGUUAUAAUUGCACCACUUUUCAUAAGGAAACUCUUGUUUAUAUUAACUAUAUUAUUAACCCUGUGCCUAACUUUCUGUGACUUGCUCAGUCCCGUUGGACUAAUAUUCGUGGGGAAAAGGAAUGCCCCAUGGUUGCACACAUUGAAAGACACACCUAUAGCAAAGCUGCUUAUUUUGAUCAAUUAAGAUGUGUAGAGGUAUGUUAUCUUAUGACAUCACUUGAUGACUUGUACCACGUGAGUUAUCAUUUGAAAGAGGGAUGGAAAAGAAGGUUUAAUAGACCUUCAGAGAAAUAUUUAAGAGGUUGGAGCAUAACUUGUUUAUAUUGAAUAUCAGUCUAUGUAGAAGCAAUGCCAAGGUAUAAGAAUAAUGUUUACAUUUUGUGGAUUUUUAGUAAGUGAGCAGGUAGGACAUGCCUUUAAACUGCAAUGUUGUGUUUUAAACCCUAAUAAACGAAGUAUUCAUAAAUAGCUGUAUUAAUGUGUGCCUUUUUUUUGGGGUGGGUGUUUAAUAUGAUGAUGGACAGAAAAUGUAAUUCAUUUUAAUGAGCUACUUCCUCUGACCUUUUAUUCUUUGUACAUUUAUUUUACCAGUUAUAAAGAUAGACUGGCAUUUUGACAGACAUUAUACUGUAUUUUGUAGUAUAAUUGUAAUGAUAUCAGAAUAUGCUUGAUUAACCUAAAUUCUAUUAAUAUGAUUAGGCUUUUAUAUUACUUUGGCAUAUUUACGGGACCUAAUUGUGAGUCAGAAUUUCAAAGUUAAGUAGAUAGUG